AGCAUAGUAGGCCAGGACCGCACGAUGAUGAGGGCGCGUGCACCGAUGGGUCGAGGAUUAGCUAUCGGCAACCAACACACUCAAAAGUACAUAGUCCAGAAAAUCAUCGCAGCAGUACGAUCAGCUCGUUCGGUGGUAAUAGCGCCCAAAAGAUAAAGCAAAUUGCUGGUGAUGGUGGUGAUGACGAACGAAAAACUCAGGUUAAAAUAAGUUAAUCGAACUGCCGCCUGUCUGUGUUACUGUGAGUGGUUUGGCUAAAGUUGGGUGGUUUUCCGAUACGAACCCGCGUGAACGUGCUUUGAGUGCGGCAGGCGCAACAUUUGUGACUAAAAAUCCGUACAGAGAACUGCCGCCAACAUGAAUCUGCACGAGCCGGUUGAUCCGAACAAGCCCUUCGAUGAGCUGACGCCGGAGGAAAAAAUGAGACUGGAGCACAUUAAAAUGUACGAAAAACACAAGGGCCAUGAAUCGAUGCACAUGGAAAUGGUGGUAAUACUGCUGGUCACACUCAUAAUCGCCCAGGUCGUGCUGGUAGAAUGGAAGAAACGCCACUACAGAUCAUACUCGCUAAUGACACUGCUCGCCCUGUGGGUGAUCCCUUUCGUGCUCAGCCUACACAGCCAGUACUGGCGGUUUAUCUUCUUCUGGCUAAUAUUCAGCUGCAUCACCGGUCUGGUGAUGCGCAAAGCGGUCCGCAAACCAAUCUCCGGCACGACACCCCGGCUAGUGUACAAAUGGUUUUACUUCAUCUACAAGCUAAGCUAUCUGCUCGGCAUCAUCGGGUACGUCGUGAUGAUGUUUACGUUUUUCGGUGUCAACUUCAUCUUCAAUCAGCCGCCGCACACGUGGAUGGACGUGGGACUGUUGCUGGUAUUUUACGGGCUGUACUACGGGGUGCUGGGCAGGGAUAUAUCGGAAAUCUGUGCCGAUAAGAUGGCCUGCCACAUCGGGUACUACACACCGAAGGGUAUACCGACGCGGCACCUCGAGCGUAAUGUGUGUGCCGUGUGCGGCAACCAGCUGCUGACGGACGUGAACGAGUCCGGUGUGAUCGAGAACACGUACAAGCUGACCUGUGAUCAUGUGUUUCACGAGUUCUGCAUCCGGGGGUGGUGCAUCGUGGGGAAGAAGCAAACCUGCCCGUACUGCAAGGAAAAGGUGGACCUGAAGAAAAUGUUCUGCAAUCCUUGGGAACGUCCCCAUGUACUGUACGGCCAGCUGCUGGACUGGAUCCGGUGGCUUGUCGCAUGGCAGCCGCUAAUAUUGUUCAUUGUGCAGGGCAUCAACUGGUCGCUCGGGCUGGAGUAAGGCAGCUCUGUUCUCCGUUCCUUUUAUUCCAUCUCCUAUCGGACGAUUCCACUAGUCUCUAGGUGAUGAUUUAGUUGCAUUGAGUGUAAUUUAAUUGAGCUGUUAUUUUCUGUUCCCCUUUUGCCGCAAUCGAAACCAAAAAUUCCAUACGAGGAAACGCAAACGCGCGGUACCCUUAUGAUUACUAGGUUGUAAACCGUUCUGCAUCUUUCCCGGUGUUGUCGGGCAGACACGUAUCACUUACUCUUUAGACACGAACCGUAGCUAGCACUGGGUGUGUUUUUGGGGCGUAAAACGUGGGAGACUUUAGGGACAAUUAUCACUCAAUUCCGUCGUGUGGUGAGUUGGGUUCCCUUCUAAAGCAGGACCACCAGAAAACCCACGCUGCUGCUGAGGAGGACGGUUUAUUUUAAUGUAUUAUUUUCGUUGUUUGAACGUUGAUUUCCUUUAACAUCGGUUUUGCGAUUUCUACCAUAAUUGUAAGAAAACCUUCGUGAAAUAUCAUCUUUAACAAACAGGAAGCUUUAGAACUUUCCAA